UUUAUUUUCUUUUUCCACCAUUUUUAAGCGACUGAUGAUUUUUUCAAGGCCAUGUUUGGUACUCUACUCGUCGACUAAAGCUUUCUUUAUUUCAGAACUAUAAUUUCUCCUAAUCCAGCGAAGGAAAAAGAACUGCUUGUUUUGGUGCAGUGCAACUACAGGCUAUAAGUUGAGCAGAUUUUACUUGAGUUGACUGGGGCAGAGUCGAUGGAAAAUCAAAAUUCAUCUUCUCUUACAAAAUCCCUUAUGGGAAUUCAAGAGCUCUGAAUUGGGUUUAUCCGGAAAUCAAGCUCCGACGGGAAUCUCUGAGAUUUAGCGAUGUUUUUGGUAGUCAAAAUGAAGACCCAGCUCGGGGUUUUCGCUUUAGAGGUUUAGAGGAGUCCUUUUCCAUUGAGUGGACUAUCAUUAUUGUUCUCGAAGUUGUUCCAGGUGGUGAAUUUCUUAGAUUUCUAUUGAUCUUCUUUAGCAAGGGAUUUGAUACUUGGGACUUCUGUUUGCAAUUUCGGUAUACGGAUCAGGAGCUGUUAAUGUAUGUAUAGCUUCUGGAUUUUGAAUUUGGGGGUUUCAUUUUGGGGAUUGGAGAGGGUUAGGUUAUAGAAUGGAUGAAGCUCAGGGAGGCGGCGGCUUGAGUUCGCUGCCUCCAUUUUUAGUCAAAACAUAUGACAUGGUCGAUGAUCCUUCGACUGAUUCGAUUGUUUCAUGGACUCCUAGUAAUAAAAGCUUUGUUGUUCGGAAUCCACUGGAAUUCUCAUCAGUUCUGUUGCCAAAAUUCUUCAAGCAUAGCAACUUCUCCAGCUUCAUCAGGCAGCUCAAUACUUAUGGGUUCAGGAAGGUCGAUCCUGAGCAAUGGGAAUUUGCUAAUGAGGAUUUUGUUAGAGGUCAGCCAUAUCUGAUGAAGAACAUCCACAGGAGAAAACCAGUCCAUAGUCAUUCUUUACAGAACAUUCAUGGACAAGGAAUAUCCUCUCCGCUGACUGAAGUGGAAAGAAAGGGUUUGAAAGGUGACAUUGAAAGGCUUAAACAGGAUAAAGAGCAGCUUCUUCUGGAGUUACGAAGACACGAGCAAGAGCAUCAGGGAGUUGGAUUACAAAUGCAGAAUUUGAAAGAUCGGUUCGAACAUAUGCAACAGCAGAUGCAAACGUUUAUCAGUUUGGUGGUCCCAGGACUUCGCUUGGAUCUUCUGCCACGAUUGGAAACUCCUGAGAGAAAGAGGAGAUUGCCUAGAAUUGCUUACAACAACAAUGAAGACAAGCUUGAGGAUGACCAGAUGGGGGGGACAACUCAAUCCGUGGCUAGAGAAAAUAUGGAUUGUAGUUUUGAUCCAAUUUUGAAAAGAGAGCAGUUUGAACUUUUUGAGACAUCUCUGAUCUUUUGGGAAGGCAUUAUCCAUAGUUUUGGUCAAAAAGUUAGUCCACUUGAUUCAAGCUCAUACCUGGAGUUGGAUGAAUCUACAAGUCAUGCCAGCAGCCCUGCUAUGUCUCACAGACAAGUUAGCGAGGAGUUUCGAUGUAAAUCACCUGGAAUUGACAUGAAUUUGGAGCCGCCCGUGGCAACCGUUGCUCCGGAAUCUGUAGCCUCGAGAGAUCAAGCAGCUGGAGUCAAUGCUCCAGUACCAACUGGAGUCAAUGAUGGAUUCUGGGAGCAAUUCUUGACGGAGAAUCCUGGUUCAUCUGACCCACAAGAAGUUCAAUCGGCGAGAAAAGAUUCCAAUGUCGUGGUUGAAGAAAAAAGACAGAGAGAUCACGGAAAAUUUUGGUGGAAUGUGAGGAGUGUAAAUAACGUUGUAGAACAAAUAGGGCACCUUACUCCAGCAGAGAAAUUUUGAUCAUAGGUUGAUUGUUUUUCUGAAUUACUGAUUCACCAUAGCUUCCACAUGUAACAUAUUUUAUUAUGAAUGGAACAUUUGGGCUCUCAUCCAUGUCCUUUUUCAGAUGAUCUCAUUGAUUUAAAAACUCCCUCAUAAUACUUGCCUUGUACUCCCAAGAUUCUAUGUUGCCACAUCAUUGUAUUCUUUUAAAUAAAAAUCUGUGCAUUGUCUUCUGUCCA